AUGCCGCAACAGCCAUGUAGAGAUUGUGGCAGUACAGAAAUAGACUACGACAGCUCAUCUGGAUGCUCAUUCUGUGCUAAAUGUGGUAUUGUUUUCGAGGAGUCAAAUAUCGUAUCCGAGAUUGGAUUUGGGGAGUCGUCAUCUGGACAAGCUCAUGUACAGGGUACGCUUGUAUCGCAUGAUGCCGCCGGCACUUCCCGCCAAUCGAGAGACAAGACCAUAUCAGAAGGCAAACGUCGCGUUAAGCAGCUCGCAGCCGCUCUCAGAAUCUCAGAAGCAGUUUCAGACUCAGGUGAAAGAUUCUACGCACUAGCCGUACAAAAUGAGUUUAUACGUGGACGUAAAUCUGUCUACGUUGUCGCAGCUUGCUUAUACGCCGCCUGUCGUACACUACGCGACUCACACAUGCUAAUUGAUUUCAGUGAUCUGAUGCAGAUCAACGUCUUCGCUUUGGGCACCACCUACCUCCGUCUCGUCGAGAGAUUGGAUCUCAAACUGCCGAAAAUGGACCCUUCCAUCUACAUACAAAGAUUCGCAUCUCUCCUCGAAUUCGGUCAGGAAACUCAGAGAGUCGCCAGUGACGCUACUCGCUUGUGUAAACGCUUCGAUGAGGAUUUCAUCACUCAUGGUCGUCGUCCUGCUGGCAUUUGCGGCGCUGCUCUCAUACUCGCUGCUAGGAUGAACAACUUCAGAAGAUCAGUCGAGGAAAUUGUGCAAGUCGUCAAAAUCGCUGAUGUCACCGUUCAGAAACGUCUCGAUGAAUUUGGAAAAAGCGCUGCAGGUGAUUUGACAGUCGAGAAUUUCCGCGAUGACGAACGGGCUAAAAAUUGGAAAGAACCACCGAGACCUCCCACAUACCAUAAUGCAAGAAAGAAGGAAAUGAUGGCAAAGGAAAUUGAAACAGAUCCUCAAGGUGAACUCGCCAAGAAGCAAGAUAGAUCCAAAAAGUUGAAUAGAGUGUUUGAUAAAACUACUCGACCAAGGAGAAAGAACGAUGACCCUGAUCAGAAGCAAUUUGAUGACUAUUACAAGACUAUCGUUGGUGUCUCUGCUGAUUUUUUCCAAGAGGAGGACGGUAAAGAUGCAACCAAGAAAAUCACCGCUAAAGGAUUGAACAAAAAGAUGAAAAAGGCAUACGAAGAGAAAGCUAGAAGGAACCGUGCCAUAGACAGUGAUGACAAUUAUGAUCAGCUUGAGAGUGAAGAUGAUGAGGUUGGCAAUAGUGGUAAAGAUGGUGAGACACCGCUAUUUGAGGAUUCAGAUGAGGAUAUUCCAAGGCGACUCCGUCGCUCACGACCUACACGUGCCAAUCGCUCUGAGUCAGCAGAAGAAGAUCAGGAUGGUCGUCAUUCUAUUGACCAGGGUACCUCCAAUCAACCUGCAAAAUUGAGGGACGCCAUGGGUCCCGGAAAUGAAAGCACUAAUGAAGAGAUGCAAUCCAACACUGUACAAGGAAAAGACUUCCAACCUCCACACAGAGAUAAAUCUGCCACUCCAGGAGACGCAUCACAUCCUCCAAAUAAGUCUUUCAAUCACACAAGUAACGUCAUCGAAACUCUCGAAGAGAAUGGUCCGCAAAGUGAAGACGAGGUGCAUGCAAAUGACGAAGAGAAGGGGAGUGAGAGGGAGAAUGAAGAAAAGAUUGUUCAAGAGGAUGAAAAGGAAAACGAAGAUGAAGAUGUUCGUAUGCAAGUUGAAGAGGGAGGUGACAAGCAGACUGGGAAUAUUGGAGACUCUCAGCAGAUACAACUCGAGCAAGAGCCAGGACAAUUGCCUAGUCAUUCUUCUCCACAGGAAAGAUCUGACAAUGUGCCUGUUUCACCUUCUCAAACAAGACAUUCUCAUGAGCCAAAUCAAUCGCCUCAGCCAGUCAAAGAGGCACAUCAAUCAAACGAAUCUGCCACUCACGAAACACAGGAUGCAUCUCAAUAUCGUGCUUCUACAGAAUUAGACACUCAAGAGCCUCGGGAGGUACCUCAACCUCGUGCUGUGGAAGAACCAACCACUCAACAGCCACCGGAAGAAGCAGCAAAAAACAUGGACGACAAGGAAGAUGAGAAGGAGGAUGAAAAAGAGGACGAGAAAGAAGAUGAGAAAGAAGACGAAAAGGAGGAUGAGAAGGAAGACGAGAAGGAAGACGAAGAGGAAGUAAUAGUUGAUGAAACAGACGAACCAACUCAAGUCGAUCAAGAUAAAAAACAAAGUGGACCAGAAGAGAAAGAAAUUACAGAAGAGAUAUCACAUGCACUCGGUGAUCCAAACAUCCAAUCACUCACUAAUAGACUUGACAACGUUGAUGACAGACGUCGAGCAGAAUUGGAAAGACGCAAUGCGAAUGUAGAUGAGCUACAAGGUCUAGAUGAGGAGGAGCUCGAUGAUAUGAUUCUUGGUGACAGUGAAGUUAAAGUGAAAGAGAGAAUAUGGAUGGAGUUCAACAAAGACUAUCUCGAAAAGAUUGCCAUUCGUCAAGCUACAGGUCAAGAUACGCAGAAGAAGCCACGUCGCAAAAAGCGUAAGGCUAAAGAACAGUCAGUAAAGCCUGAGAAUCUGACAGAGGCAGCGUCGCAAGUUCUCAAACAGCGUAAGGUAUCAAAGAAAAUCAAUUAUGGUGCGCUUGAAGGACUGUUUCACAAAGACAACAGAGAAGUCAACAGCUUGGCACCGGGUGAAGUAGAUGAAAAAGAAGAUGAGAAAGAAGACGAAGAGGAAGAAGGGGAUGCUGAAGAGCACCCUGCGCCUGAUCACUUGUAA